UGAGGAUCUAGAAAAAAAAAUCAAGAGAAUGUUGUUUCUUUUUAUUUUCAACAAAAGCAGACAAAGUUUCGUAUACUCUAUGGCUCCAAGAUUCUAACAAGGUUACUUGCUCCUAGCUCUUCCUGGUUCUCUUCUUCCUUAUCCCUUAUUAUAUCCUCUCUGUCGUUUGCAAUAUCCAAUAUUCCAACAAAACACAUGGAUCUAGCUACACUGCUGCUAACUGUUCUCUUCAUCGCAGGCCUCAUAAAUGUUUUCUUUUACAUACCCACCACCAAGAUUAGUGCGUGGCUUCAAACUUUCUUCCCCAACAAUAAUUCUUGCAACAAAACCAAAACCAACUUGGCUCCUUCUCCUUCUCCCUCUUCACCAACGACCAAGAUGGCGGAGAGUGGUUCCCAAAAGAAGAAGGAAGAGCUUAGAAAACUGUUCUCCACAUUCGACAAAAACGGCGACGGGUUCAUAACGAAGCAGGAGCUGAGGGAGUCCCUGAGGAACAUCGGAAUCUUCAUGGCAGACAAAGAGGUGGAUGAUAUUGUUGUCAAGUACGAUUCCAACAGUGACGGCUUGAUCGAUUUUGAAGAGUUUUGCUUGUUGACAAGUGAGUGUGUAGGAGGGGAUCAUCAUGAGAAAGAGGGUGGUGUUAUGGGAAAUGAAGAGGUUGAUUUGAAGGAGGCUUUUGAUGUGUUUGAUAAAGACAAUGAUGGGCUUAUUUCGGUGGAGGAGUUAGCUUUGGUGCUUACUUCGUUGGGGUUAAGGGAAGGGAGAAAGAUUGAAGAGUGCAAAGAGAUGAUUAAGAAGGUUGAUAUGGAUGGAGAUGGCAUGGUCAAUUUUAACGAGUUCAAGAGAAUGAUGAUGAAUGGAGGAAAGCUUGCCUUCAACGCAUAGGGAUCCACUACAGGUUCUCUUUAAUUUCUUCUUCAAUUCAGAUCCGCCAUCGUUAUUAACUCCAAAGAACACCGAGAAUUGAACACUUUACCAUUGAAAUUGUGUGUGUAUAUAUGUGAAUAUGAUGGCCACAUCAUCAUCAUCAUCAUGUAUGCGUUUCACACCACCACCACUUCGAUCGUAGCUAGAUACAUGAAAUGAAAUACUGUUCUGAUUUAGUAAGUGUAGAUUCUUAGUUAAUUUUCCAUGUUUCUGUGUAACAUAUGGCAAUUGCUGUGUUGACCCAUUCUUUUUCUUUGGCAAGGAAUUUAUUUUCUUUGAUUGUGUCUGUGUGUUAUACUGGUGCCAAUUUAUUUUCUUUGGCAAGAAAGUCUUGAAUUUCCAGCUUUGUUCACUUUUCUCCAUGAAAUUGGGAAAAGUAAAUUAUGGAUGUAUAUAUACACUUUUAUUUUAUAUAACAAUGAUGUUGUUUCUGCUGCC